AUGGGUGUACAUGCUAUCGGAGAAAUUAAUCAUGCAUCUUCUAAGAAGCAUUCAUAUAUCCUAGUAAUUACUGAUUAUUUUAAUAAAUGGGUAGAAGCGCUGGCUUUCGUUAAGAUCAAUACACAGGUUGUGAUAAACGUUUUGGAAGAAAAGAUCUUUAUAAGAUUUGCGAUUCAAGAAACCAUAACCUUUGAUCAAGCUGCAAUGUUCACAAACCCUGAUUUAUUAGAUUAUCUUACCCAAUUUGGGAUUACUAAGUUGCAUUCAGCACCAUACUAUGCGCAGGCUAAUGGUCAAGAUGAGGCUAUCAACAAGAUCAUAGUAAAGGGAUCUAAAAAAUGGACCUAUAAAAGAGAAGCAACAAGAGGUAAUCCUUUCAAUAGAGUUUAUGGGCAUACUCCAGUAAUUCCUGCUGAAGUGAAUAUAAGAUCAUCCAGAGUAGCACAACGAAUGGGAUUAUCUGGAGAUAAUUAUUAUUGGGUAAUGAACAUUGAGGUAAUGGAUGCUCUAGAAACCAAGGAAGAAGCUUUGGCUAAAAUGAGAAUCCAAAAAGAAAAGGUUGCUUGA